GGAAUAGACCAGCUGACGUAAAGGAAUAGACCAGCUGACGUAAAGGAAUAGACCAACUGAUGGCAUAGCAAGGCAAAUAGAAAUACUAUAGGAAAUAGAAACUUAAAAACGAAAUAGAAAAUAAUUUUUUGUAAUGAGAAACAAACAGGUUGAAGAGAAAAGAAAAAAAAAAAAGGACUUUCCUGCAAUGAUGAAUCACUGUUGUAAAAGAUAAAUUCAAAGAAUUGGAAAUUCCCGGUGAGAAUUGAAAUCUAGGUAAACGUGGCAGACGUGAAGUACAUGAUUGAAGGGAUGCGAUAGUUGAUCAUUCUUUGAAAGUGUUAAAAUACUUUUUAAAUUACAAAAAGAGGCGCAUAAAGAUCCAGUCGGUCCAAGAAUGACAGAAACUACUCCACCUAAAAGACACCGCCUUGAAAAAUCUUCCUAUCUACCGAUACCUCAAUUUCUUGAAUAUGGUUGGUCUCACGUGAUAAACGUAAGAAAUGAGAGUGACGAGCAAUGUUUCAAGUGGAGUAUACUCGCUGCCUUGCAUCCAGUGGAGGGCAAACUCGCAGAGGAAGUUUCUAGUUACGAACGUUUCCAAGACGAACUUAAGUUUAGUGAUUUAGAAUUUCCCAUAAAACUUCAAGACAUUCCGAGAUUUGAACAACAAAACGAUAUUUCUGUGAAUGUGUUCUCUUACAUUAAAGCUAAAACAGCUUUUGGUAGACAGUUCUAUGAAACAUCCCCAGUGCAUUUAAGUCAGCUCAAUAACAAAAGGCCGAUAGAUCUCUUAUAUGUUUAUGAAGAGAGGAACUUCCACUACUGCUGGAUCAAAGAUUUAAGUAAAUGGUUAAAUAAAAAAGAUGUGUGUUGUCGUUACUGCCUGAAUACAUUUCAAGAAAAUGACAUAGAAGAACAUACACGUUUGUGUAAGCCACACGGUCCACAACGUGUAAAUAUUCCUUACCCGGAAAAAAAUAUUUUAAAUCACAAUGCAAAAGAUACUAAAGUACAAUGUAUAAUUUAUGCAGAUUUUGAAUGUUUUCUUGAGCCAGUUGAGGUUGAAAACAAAGAAAUGUUAGAAAAUGAGAAGACAGUUAUUAAUAUUCACAAGCCCAGUGGUUUCGCCUAUAAAGUUGUUAGCACUAAAGCGGAACUCAAUACGGACAUUCAAGUUUAUUCAGGUGAGGACGCUGCUAAAAAGUUCAUUGAUGAAUUACUAGAAUUAGAAAAUUCUAUAAAAAAGAAAUUAAACCUUAAAAACAAAAUAGACAUGAUUCCAGUUGUGUUUCAUAAUUUAAGUAGAUAUGAUAGUCAUAUCAUAAUACAAGAAUUUCAAAAGCUGAAAGAUGAAGAUAUUGAAUGUUUACCUUUAAAUGUGCAAGAAUUUAUUUCCUUCUCUAUAAGCUCUUUAAGAUUUAUCGAUUCCUAUCGAUUUCUUAACAAAUCUCUUCCAAGUCUUGUUGCCAGUCUAGUUGAUUCUUCCAAGUCUUGUUGCCAGUCUAGUUGA